GGGAAAAUAAAUAAAAAUUAAGACAACGGGAGUUUACGACGCAUACUGCGCAUGUGUGAGAUUAUUUUGACCCAAAAGUCAAUUUCACGGCACAGGCAUAGGAUUUGCAAAGAAAUCCGGAAAAAUGAUAAAUUGUUUCUACUAAAUCUAAGUUUUUGAGUAGAAAUAAAAAGUGGGAUCGUUUUUAGUUUAUUUCUGGUUUUUUUGCUAUGAUUAGUGUCCAACUUCAAUGGUUAUUUUAUACCGUAAGUUACAUUGCCUGGUGUUAAUCUCUAAUGGCGUUCUGCCGUUUUUCCACUUUAAUCGGGGAAUAUGGAAUUGAAUUAAUGAAAUGACACUUGAAGACCAAAAUAUCUACUUGAGGCAAAUCUUCGAAUGUAGGUAGUGCACCCUUGCAGAGUAGUGAAUACUUCCACAUAUUAAUGCCCAAAUAUACUGAUACUUUCAGGAACUUGUGAAAUAACUGUGAUAGUACAAAAUGUGAUACCUAUGACUAACAAUUUUAAUUUUCAUGAGUGAUUUAAGUUUAAGGACUCAAAACACCCUAAUUUUUUCAAAGGAUCAUAACAUUACAGCAUUUAUUGGGCAGAUUACAAAGAGGUAUUUUAUAGAAAAUGGACAAGGGCGAUCAAAAGAAGAACUCAAAACACCGCGGGUCUACAGAGUCUCAUAAUACGAGACACAGCGUAAACUCAAGCUCGGGUGUACUAAUGGUGGGACCUAAUUUCAGAGUGGGUAAAAAAAUUGGCUGUGGGAACUUUGGAGAACUUAGGUUGGGGAAGAACCUCUACAAUAAUGAACAUGUUGCUAUUAAGAUGGAACCUAUGAAAUCCAAAGCUCCACAGUUACAUUUGGAAUAUAGGUUUUACAAAUUGCUUGGUAGUCAUGAGGGUAUACCUGAAGUAUAUUAUUUUGGACCUUGUGGUAAGUAUAAUGCCUUAGUAAUGGAACUCUUGGGGCCCAGCCUUGAAGACCUUUUUGACCUAUGUGAGAGAAAAUUUUCUCUUAAGACUGUUCUUAUGAUUGCAAUACAACUGCUAUACCGAAUAGAGUAUGUUCAUACAAGGCACUUAAUAUAUAGGGAUGUUAAACCUGAAAAUUUUCUAAUCGGAAGGCAAAGUACGAAACGGGAGAAGAUAAUUCAUAUAAUAGAUUUUGGUUUAGCCAAGGAGUACAUCGAGUCGGAAACAAAUAAACAUAUACCAUAUAGAGAACAUAAGUCAUUAACAGGUACAGCUAGAUAUAUGUCGAUUAACACUCAUUUAGGAAAAGAACAAUCUAGAAGAGAUGAUUUAGAGGCACUAGGUCAUAUGUUUAUGUACUUCCUAAGAGGUUCAUUGCCCUGGCAAGGUCUCAAAGCUGAUACGCUUAAAGAACGGUAUCAGAAAAUAGGAGAUACGAAAAGAGCAACGACUAUAGACCAACUCUGUGAGAACCAACCAGAAGAGUUCGCAACUUACCUUAGAUACGUUAGGCGACUAGACUUUUUUGAAAUGCCAGAUUAUGAAUAUUUACGGAAUUUAUUUAUCAGUUUAUUUAAAAAGAAAAGUUAUGCGGAAGAUGGAGAAUUUGACUGGUCCGGAAAGACUAUGAGUACACCAGUAGGUUCUCUGCAGACUACUGCGCAUGAUAUUGUGAUCUCUCCUAAUAGGGAAAGGCAUCCUAUUCCUAAGACAAACAAAAAUACCGCAUGGCCUGAAACCUCUAAACAGAGUACCCUAGGUAAUCUAACCCCAGCUGAUAGGCAUGGUUCUGUGCAGGUCGUCAGCUCAACCAAUGGGGAACUGAAUACCGACGACCCAACCGCUGGACACAGUAACACCCCUAUAACGCAGCCUCAAGAAAUCGAAGCCAUUGAUGAAACCAAAUGUUGCUGCUUUUUUAAACGAAAGAAGAAAAAAAAUCCCCGUUCAAAAUGACUACAAUAUAGUGAGACCGAUCAACACCUCACAUUGCUGCCAUGCGGCCACAGCAGUGCGGCGACUUUAACUUGAACUUAUUAUGAUUUUUGUGAGAUGACCAUUGUUAUAAAACUUUUAAUUAGCGAAUUAUUAUAGGUUAGCUUUAAUUAAGUCAACAAAAUUAUUUAAACUAAUAUAUUGUGAAUGCUUUUGGUCUGCUCUAAUAUUGAUUGUUUUUUUUUUUUAUAUGAUGCAAGUCUAAAUAUUGUGUACUUUAAUUUUUUAUUUUGUUUUAAUGCAUCUGAUUAAUUAUUUAUGCUGUUUUUCAUAAAAUAUUGUAUACGUUUGAGCAGAUCCAACACUCAAUGGACUUGUUUAUAAAAGCCUUUAUUGUUACUUAUGUACUGCUAUUAUCAUUUAACAAUAUUUUAAUAGAUUUCCGUCAUUAUUUAUUGUAACCAAAUAUUAUCUUUGUAGGAUAUUACAUUUUACUUUUAGUUUAGCGUGUGUUUUAAGUUUUAAUUGUUAUUAUUCACAAUUUUACUUCAAUUUAUAUGAACAUGAAAGAUGUGCUAACGUUAUGGAAGCGUCGCAGUGAUGUUGCUUUUUUAUAAAAUGUUUGAAUUUUUAUUGUUUUUUUUAAUUGGUUAUCUUUACAUUGCUGGCAUCACAUAGCCUCAGAUGUAACAAACAUUAAGAGAAACAAAUUGUUGGUUAUAGCUGAGUAUCCGUCAUAAGUAUGUAUCUAUGUAAUGUUUAUUUCUUACUUAUUUUGUUUCAUGUCAUUACUUACAUUACACAAAUGGUAAAAAUAAAGCACUGUAAAAAUAAAAUUUAAUACCUGACAAACUGCAGAAAAUUUUGAAGUUACCCUGCCUGUAGCUAACAAAAAUGUACAGUUUUCAUUUACAAUUUUUUAUAUAUAUAAUCCCUUGAACAAGUUACCCCAUAUUUUAUGAAAUAAUACAUAAUUUUUUCAUAUUUCAGGUAUGUACAUAUAUGUUUAAAAAUUACUGAAGUAGAUUAUAAUUCAAAUAAAUAUUUAUUAAAACUUUACAAAAUUUACCGGCAUAAAUAAAACUUACAACAUUUGGGAAAUAGUGAAACGUAGGUUAAAUGUACAUUUUAAGGAUUAAAAUGCAACAUUCGGCAUAAAUAAUUAUUUACAUUAAUCACUCACUUUUUACGAAAAACGUUUUAUUUUUAAAAAUUGAAAUAUUUAUAGACGUAGGCUAUCAAAAUUUUAAUCGUUUCUCAAAUCGAUAUAUUUCUCUUAAAAGAAAAAAAUAUGAAUUAGUUUUGAUUCGAGUUCAGUGAAAUUGAAUCAAAUGAUAAAGUACAAAAUUCUAAUUAGCUUAGCUAUUACAAUGAAGAGAAAAUUAUUUACAAUCUUUAUUCUUUAAAGAUCCCCACUACUCCUUGCAUUCAUACUUCAUGGUAGGUUUUCUUUUCUUUUUUUAAUCUAAAUUUGAAGAUUUGUAUUAUACGAAUAAACUAUAUAGCGUAAAUUUAAUUACUUUUUAGAAUGUCGGCAGUUUUACUGUAUUUAUAAUAGGCCGUUUUUUUAUAAAAAGGAAAACACCAAUGUCAUGAUCGAACAUAACCGAUUUAUUUCUACGUGUAUUUUGCCGUAAUAUUAGAGUACCAUCAGAUUUUCCUGCGCGGUUGAUACAUUUGUUUAUACAGAGAAAGUAUAACAAUUCAUGAUAUGCCACAACAACAAUCUUUUAUAUAAACCGUGCAGGUGUUUGUUUAAGAUCUGAUCAUUGUGUAGUUGACCAGGGCGAAACACGUAUGAGAUUAAAUAAAUUUUGUAAGACCCUAAAUUGUGUUUGUUGUCUUCUAAGUAUUUGUUUGGUUUUCUUGAAAAUAUGGCUUUUGUGAUUAUUGCCAGAUCGUUGCGCGUUAAUUUGUUUUAUUGGUAAAACUUACCAAAGUAUAUGCUGGAAUGUUGCAAUAGUAGACAAAAUGUAUAAAGAAAAAUACGCUUCUGCUAUAGUGCUCAAUUUUCGGCAAUAUAAACUUUAUUUUAUUAAAAUAAAUGAAAUGCUCAAUAAAUGAAGACUUCAUGGAGGUUUAAAUUGAGUUUUACAUCUAGAAGUAUUAUUUUGAUAUUAAUAAAUAAUGUGACAUUUACUUCUUAAUUCUUUUAAAACUUUUUUAAUGUAUGUUUUUUUUAUAUAAUUUUUAAUGCACGUCCUUAUUUCAUAUUAAUUUCUUAUAGUCUUUUCGAUCAUAUAGUCAAAAAUGGAAAGCCAGUUAUUAAUUGUUUUUUUUUUGCAAUUUUGGCUGGUGCUUUAUAGAAGUUAUGUUAAGAAACUUAACUCUAAUUUUCUAGGUAAGGGAAACGAAAAUUCAAAAAAUAAUAUUAAAAAAAUAUACAUAGGUGCAACUCUGUAACAACUGUAAACUAUACUUUAUAUUUGUAAAUUAACGUAUUCGUGAGGGUACAUGUUUGCCGACCAUGGCACUCUUAAACCUUAAAAUACUUAUUAGUUUAUAUAUGUAUGUGUAAUUGAUUAUUUUCAAUUCCUGUUAUUACAGCCUUUUUCGAAAAUAAAGCUCAACUUUAUACUAGAUUACAUAAUUUUAAGUUUUUAAUUCCUCAAUGAUGCCUUAAAUUUAUUGCUUGUAUGAUAUAGAAUAAUAUUUAAAAUGUAGGACAAUAAAAAUUAAUUGUUCUAAUUUCAUUAAAUUUUUUAACGGCUAAAACAUAAAAUUGGAAAUAAUUUUCUACGCAAUUAAGUCUUGAAUCAGAACACACGUACACUUUUUUUUAACCUAUUAUGUCUUUAUGGUGCAUUCUGAAUUUCAUAUAUGUGUUAUAAAAAGCUGGAUAACGAAUAUAAGUUAUGAGAGUCACAGCAUUUUAAUUAGCGGAACAUAUUUUUGCUUCUGUUAAAUUCCAAUAAAAAAUUUUAGAGUUAAUAUAAAAAUUGUUUUUCUAUUUCUAGGUUAACAUCUAAUAUGUACUAAUUUUGAUUUAUAAUUUUUUAGUUUGCCACUUUAAAAAAAAUAGCAUAAAUAGGUUAAAUGAUUUUCAUAUCAUUGUUUAAAGUAACGCGUUGUCUAAUAUUACCAGGCUUUUGAGAAAAAAGGGCGGUGCAAUCGGAAGCAAAUUAACAAUCUGUUUAACUAUUUUUUUUGGCAGUGCUUUAGUUUUACGAUAAGUGAUUUUACAAACAUAUUAAAAGUAAUACACCAUUUAGAGAAUGGCAACUAUUCUAACCUUAGCAUGUAAAUAGAGUGAUCAAAUGCGUAGGGAAGGAAAACAUUUUAAUAAUUGUCAUUAGGAUUUUAUAGCUUCAAGCUUCCGUUCUUUUGUACAUAAUAAAUUUCUUAUUAAAUUUUAACAAGAGUUUAUACAUUAGUUAGCUUGUUAGUAUCAAAUAUAUUAUUUUCCAUCCUCAGCUGCAAAGUUAUAUAAAUUUUUUAGACAAAAACAUCAGGGGGCUCAAGCAUGUUAAUUUCUGUCAAAUAACUUGACUUAUAAGAUUAUAAGCCUUACGUGGACAGGACCAAUGGUGUUAACAUUUGGAACUGUGUAUAACUGUUUAGUUCUUGUGUAAAUAAUAAUUUAUUGCAGAUUGAUUUGGAAGUAAAUGUACAUACGUUUAUAGCUUAGCAUAACUCGAGCUGACAUUUGAGAAGAUUAUAGUCCUAUAUUGUCAGUAUCUCGUCCUUUCUGUCGGAUAAAUUUAAAUAAAAAGUUAUUCAUCAAUUUACACAUAA